CGCGCUGCGUGCGUGGAGCCGCGCGGCAUGUAGGGAAUGGCCGCGGCGGCCGCUGCGGCGCUGCUGCUUGGCGGGGGGCUCCUCCUGGCCGUCCGGCGCUGGCUACGCGCCGGGGCCUCGCCCGGUGCCUGCGCCUCCAUGCGGGGCAAGACGGUGAUCAUCACGGGGGCCAACAGCGGCCUGGGCCGCGCGGCGGCGGCCGAGCUGCUGCGGAUGCGGGCCCGCGUCAUCAUGGGGUGCCGCGACCGCGCGCGGGCGGAGCGGGCGGCGCGCGAGAUCCGGGCCGAGCUGGGCGAGCGGGCGGAGGGCGAGGAAGGCGGCGAGCUGGUGGUCCGAGAGCUCGACCUGGCCUCGCUCCGCUCCGUCCGAGCCUUCUGCCACCGCGUCCUCCAGGAAGAGCCAAGGCUGGAUGUUCUCAUAAAUAAUGCAGGCAUAUUCCAGUGUCCGUACAUGAAGACAGAGGAUGGUUUUGAGAUGCAAUUUGGUGUAAAUCACUUGGGUCACUUCUUGCUCACCAACCUUCUUCUGGGCCUCCUCAAAAAUUCUGCUCCGAGCAGGAUUGUGGUGGUAUCCUCAAAGCUUUACAAAUAUGGAGAGAUCAACUUUGAUGACUUGAACAGUGAAAUAAGUUACAAUAAAGGCUUUUGUUACAGUCGAAGUAAACUGGCUAACAUAUUAUUUGCAAGGGAGCUAGCCCGUCGGUUAGAAGGGACGGGAGUCACUGUCAAUUCACUUCAUCCUGGGAUUGCCAGAACAAAUCUAGGCAGACAUGUGAAUAUUCCUUUGCUGGCCAAACCUCUGUUCAACUUGGUGUCAUGGGCUUUCUUCAAAACACCUCUGGAAGGAGCCCAGACUUCUAUUUAUUUGGCCUCUUCUCCUGAUGUUGAAGGUGUGUCGGGUAAAUAUUUUGGGGACUGCAAAGAGGAGGAGCUCCUGCCCAAAGCCAUGGAUGACUUGGUUGCGAGAAAGUUGUGGGAUAUCAGUGAAGUGAUGGUUGGUUUAUUGAAAUAAGUGUCAGGGAGUAUCUGCUGAAAGAAUGCAGAUAACUAUGCAAUACAUAUUUGCCACAGAAUGAUUCUCACUUCAAAUGCUGUGGGAAUGCAGAUUCCUUUGCUCAAGAAAUAUUAAAUGGAGGAGUGAUUUAUGCUGGAAUAGAAGACCUAUUUAAUAGGCACAGGCAUAAAAAAAAAAAAGUCUGAAAUAGAAUUUGGGAGUGUGAAUGUAAUUUAUGGUAAAAUCUGCUUGGAAACUCAUGUUUUACAAAUAAAAAUUAAACUAAACUGUGUUUUGCAAUAUAUGUGUAUAUUUGUCAUGUUCCAUUAAUUGUAGUUGGGUUGGACAAUACCAGUUACUGAUUGUAAAACACUUCUAUAAAAAGGUUUUGAAAAUAGAUCAUCAUCAUAAUAAUGAUCGUUGUCUUUUUUUUGAGCCAUCACAGUGAAAAACUGAAUAAACAGUUUAUUGAUAUCUUGCACUGUAAUUGUUUUGGCAUCUGAGUGCCAUUCUAAGACUUGCUGGCCCUAUGGUUCAGUGAACAGAACUGUUGGGCUGUACGCUGUUCAGCUGUGAAGCACAAAGUGAACUUUUUUUAGUGAUGUUGCUGCUAUUCAGUGGUUAAAUACACUUGGUUAUGUAAGCUGUAUUUUUUUUUUCAUGUGUGUGGAACUUGCUCUUUCUUGGUAUGCAGCUUGAGUUUCAUUAACAACAUUGUUGACAGAUGUAUUAUGGUCUUGAUAGGGCUUUGCUUGUCACGAGUUGUGCACAUACAAAGUUCACAAGACUUCACCUGGAGUAGACCGAAGAGGCUAUGCUUUUCAGUGUGUGUUUGGCUUGACUGAAUGGCACUUCAACUCAGUAAUGAGAUUGGAUAAGUCUGUCUAAUACAGCUUACUGAAUAUUCUUUAAUAAAAAUCCUUUAAAAAAAGACUUAGCAUUCAUUCUUUCACUGUGGAAUAGAAUAUCAGAAAUGAGUAGUCUUGACACAGUAGGCUAAUUUCAAACCAGAAGAAAUUUCACCUGUUUUGGUUUUGGGAGCCUCUCAUGCAGGGUUGAUAGAAAUAAGAUGGACUCCAAGUAACUACAUGAGUAUUACAUGAUGCUGCUCUCAUUUAUUCUUUCAUAUAGCUAGUGGGUUCAUAUUGACAUGUGUGACUUCUUGUUUUGCUCUACUGUAAUAAAAUGUUCCAGCAGUUUAGUCAAAAUAUACAGAAUAAAUACAGAAGAAUGAUUUAAAGUGUUCUAUCUUAAUAAAUGUUACUCAAAGAGUAUCGGUAAUAAAUGAUGUAUUCAGUGAAUCUUUAUUACCUAGUUAUAAAUACAUUUUAGUUCUUCAGAUAGCAACCACAUAAAUUUUUGAGAUUCUAAUUCUAGUUGUUUACUCAGAUUCUCGGCAUACUUUUAACUUUUGCCCAGUGGAGGGGACCUGAUCUAGCCUUACCCUUCACCAGCAAGACUGCUGUGGGUGAGU